AUACCCCUGUUAUCUGUGUGUUCUCUCCACAAGCAAUACUCAAAUCCUACACUGAUGGUUUCACAUUCGAAAGUUAAAAGUUCAACUUCCAGUAUUUGAUAAGAGAUAAAAUUUUCUCCCACCUAUCGAAAACUGUCAAAGGGACAGUGACGCGAAAGAGAAAUUUUCAAAAUGCUGUGAAUACCACCGGAUUACCUACAGUGGAAUCGUUCAAUCAAAUUUUAGUGAAUCAUUGUUAUCAGAAGGUGAAACAGCUCAAUUUACAAUCAAUAUACGAGUCUCAAUGAGCUAUGACAAGAGUUACCAAUUUGUUCGUUAGGACAGUAGCACAUCCCACAAUCGACAUAGACAAAUCGGAAUAUGACCUGGACACCUUCUUGGGCCGGUGUAAGCACUUCUUCGUGAUCACCAAUCCACUCAAUCUGUUCGUGAGCGAUGCCGAAUUGGAGAAGGCGAAAGAACUAGUCAUAGCUUGUAGAGAAAACAAACCACUGCCGGACGAUGUGGCGGAAGGUGAACUGAGAAGGGCCAAAAUCCUUUAUGAUUCGGCUUUCCAUCCCGAAACAGGCCAAAAGAUGAACCUCAUAGGUAGGAUGUCUGCCCAGGUGCCUUGCAACAUGAUCAUCACUGGGGGUAUGAUGACUUUCUACAAAUCCAACCUGGAGGUCUUCCUUUGGCAGUGGAUCAAUCAGUCCUUCAACGCCCUGGUGAAUUUCACCAAUAGGAGCGGCGAUGCGACCUUCACCAAUGAACAGAUAGCACAAUCUUACGUUCUGGCCACCAGCGGUGCUGUGGUAACGGCUGUCGGUCUCAACAAAGCCCUUAAGAAAGCGCCACCGGUGGUUAAAAGGAUGGUACCCUUCUUCGCUGUCUUUGCCGCAAACUGCAUCAAUAUUCCGCUGAUGCGAGCUCAAGAAUUGAAAUGCGGCACGGCCAUCUAUGACUCCGACAAUAAUAAGGUGGGGUACUCGAAGGCAGCUGCCCAGAAGGGUAUCUCGCAGGUUAUCAUCAGUAGGGUGUUUAUGGCGAUACCAGGAAUGUUGCUUUCUCCCAUAAUAAUGGAUUGGAUGGAACAAAGAGGCACUUUGUGUAGAUACCCUUGGCUUGCUUUGCCCACCCAGACAGGACUGUUAGGAUUGUGCUUAAUUUUUGCUACCCCAGCUGGAUGCGCCUUGUUCAAUCAAUGCCAGAGAAUAAGUUUCGACGAACUGGACAGCACAGCUCAGGACGACCUUAGACGUAGGUUCCAAAAUAAGCCACCUCAAGAAGUCUUUUUCAAUAAGGGACUAUAGAUACAGAGCUUCCAAACAAAUUCUUGAAUAUAGCAAUAUCGACAAUAAUGAAGUGUUGUGAUUGGUUAACGUUUUGUUUAUGAAAAAAUUCAAUAAAUGAUUGAUCUAUA